GCGGGGCCGCCAGGUGACAGCUAAUGGCGGCGGCCGCUUGAGGCGCGCGACGGGCGGCGGAGGAGCGCGGCGGAAGCGUCCUGGCCGCCGCUCCCCUCCGGGCGGCGGCUCCCCAACGGCAGCGGCAGCGCUCGGUCGGGUCUUCGCGCCAUGGAGCGGCCGGGGGCGGCCGCGGCGGCGGGCUGCGAGGGCGUCGGGGGUCCGGGCCUGGGGCCGGCGGGCGGCCGGAGGCCUCCUCGGGCCGCGGGCAGCGCCGCCGCCGGCUCCCGGCAGCCCAGCGUGGAGACCCUGGACAGUCCUACAGGGUCACAUGUUGAAUGGUGUAAACAGCUUAUAGCUGCUACAAUUUCUAGUCAGAUUUCAGGUUCAGUGACAUCAGAGAAUGUGUCCAGAGAUUAUAAGGUUUUCAGGAGGCCUGAUAUAAGGAAUAUUCAUAAAGCAAGACAGAGAUUGGAGAUACAGGAGGAACACAAUGGCUACCCUUCUGAAGCUGAAGCCGAUCAGGUGGCUCUAAGGGAUGGAAAUAAGCUGGCCCAGAUGGAAGAAGCAUCACUUGUUCCAGGAGAAUCAAUUAAGGCCAUUGUAAAAGAUGUCAUGUAUAUCUGCCCAUUUAUGGGAGCAGUGAGCGGAACCCUAACAGUGACGGACUUUAAGAUGUACUUCAAAAACGUAGAGCGGGACCCACACUUUGUCCUGGAUGUGCCCCUUGGAGUGAUCAGCAGAGUUGAGAAGAUUGGAGCACAGAGCCACGGAGACAAUUCUUGUGGUAUAGAGAUCGUGUGCAAGGAUAUGAGGAAUCUGCGACUUGCUUAUAAACAAGAGGAACAGCGCAAACUUGGGAUAUUUGAAAACCUCAGUAAACAUGCAUUUCCUCUCUCUAAUGGCCAGGCACUAUUUGCAUUCAGCUAUAAAGAAAAAUUUCCAGUUAAUGGCUGGAAAGUGUAUGAUCCAGUAGCUGAAUAUAAGAGACAGGGCUUGCCAAAUGAAAGUUGGAAAAUAUCCAAAAUAAAUAGUAACUAUGAGCUCUGCGCCACUUACCCUGCUGUCAUUGUUGUGCCAACCAGUGUAAAAGAUGAUGACCUAUCAAAAGUGGCAGCCUUUCGGGCAAAAGGCAGAGUCCCUGUAUUAUCAUGGAUUCAUCCAGAAAGUCAGGCAACGAUUACCCGCUGCAGCCAGCCGCUGGUGGGCCCCAGUGAUAAACGCUGCAAAGAGGAUGAGAAAUACUUGCAGACAAUAAUGGAUGCUAAUGCACAGUCCCACAAGCUUAUUAUUUUCGAUGCCCGACAGAACAGUGUUGCUGACACCAACAAGGCAAAGGGUGGAGGAUACGAAAGUGAAAGCGCUUACCCAAAUGCAGAGCUCACAUUUCUGGAGAUCCACAACAUUCACGUGAUGAGAGAGUCGCUGCGGAAGUUAAAGGAGAUCGCGUACCCUUCCAUCGAUGAGGCCCGGUGGCUGUCCAACGUGGACUCGACCCACUGGCUGGAAUAUAUCAGGAUGCUUCUUGCUGGAGCAGUAAGGAUCGCUGAUAAAAUAGAAUCUGGGAAGACCUCCGUGGUGGUGCACUGUAGCGAUGGCUGGGACCGGACAGCCCAGCUCACAUCACUGGCCAUGCUGAUGUUAGACAGCUACUACCGCACCAUUAAAGGAUUUGAGGCGCUCAUAGAAAAGGAGUGGAUAAGCUUUGGGCACAGGUUUGCACUGCGAGUGGGCCAUGGCGACGACAACCAUGCAGAUGCUGAUCGAUCACCCAUAUUUCUUCAGUUUAUUGAUUGUGUUUGGCAAAUGACAAGACAGUUUCCCUCAGCAUUCGAGUUUAAUGAACUAUUCUUGAUUACAAUUUUGGAUCACCUUUAUAGCUGUCUCUUUGGGACGUUUUUGUGCAACUGUGAACAAGAGCGAGUCAAAGAGGAUUUAUCUUCAAAGACUGUAUCGCUGUGGUCUUACAUCAAUAGCCAGCUCGAUGAAUUUUCGAAUCCCUUCUUUGUGAAUUACGAAAACCACGUGUUGUACCCGGUUGCCAGCGUGAGUCACCUGGAGCUGUGGGUGAGCUACUAUGUGCGGUGGAACCCCCGGAUGAGGCCACAGAUUCCCACCCACCAGACCCUCAAGGAGCUACUUGCCGUCAGGGCCGAGCUGCAGAAGCGCGUGGAGGACCUGCAGCGGGAGGUGGCUGCGCGUGCCGUCUCAUCAUCCUCCGAGCGGGGCUCGUCACCGUCGCACUCAGCCACCCCAGUCCAUACCUCAGUGUGAUGGGUGAGCCACUGUCUCCUGGGAGCUCAGGACCACAGGACCCACUUCUGGGAGCAGCAGGCCUGGGCUGGCCCACUGUGGCUUCCCUCUGGUGAACAGCAUCACCCGUCAGCGGCCACGGCCGCCCCGUGACCCACCUUCCUUGUCCUGGGCUUGGGGACAUCUCGUACCAUUGCCGUCCAAGGUCAUCCUGGCAGAAUUGCAUCUCGCCGGUGGCCCUGCUGCAGGAGCACCCGCCGGCCCGCUGCCCUGUACAUAGGAGGUAUUUUUUAAACAGAGAAACAGGCCUUUAUUUUCCUAUGUCCUUUUCCAUGUUCAGAAGUCGCCAGCAGAGGCGCCUGCUUCCUCUUCUGUGACGGGCAGUCUUUCUGCGCCUGUGUGACAUGGAACUUGGCCAUGGCUGCUUGUGCAGCAGCCUGUCACUGUCCUCGAGAUGGCCCUGAGCCCAGUGCCAGCCCUGUCACGGGGAACCUGAGGACUCAGCUUCGCCUUGCCUGGUGGCCCGAGUGCAGGGCCCUGGCUUCGGGGCAUAGCACAGGGACUGACGCCACCGCCAGGGGCCGUCGUCUGCUUCUGAAUACGCCACAAGGUCCCACGCGGUUUUUUGCAACUAGAUUGGUCAGCAAAGUUUUCUAUGGUCAAACCCACAGAGGACAGAUGUUAUUUCAACCUGGAAACUUCGAAUUUUUCGGGAAAAUUGCCCUGUUCACUACCAGAGAUGCUCAGCGUAUUCCCUUCUACCAGCAAGGCCCUGUCCCAGUCAGGGUCCCCUGCACUGGUGCCGACCCUGACGGGCCGUGCCACCCGGGGCCAGCCUGAGGGGCCGGGUGGCUGCCCACAGGGUAGUGUGCCUCUGCGGCUGCGCUCCUCUUUGCUCCCUGUCUGAAGGUGGCCCCUCAGGCUUGUACGUGCCAGGCCCAUGUUGUGUGUUGUCACCCGGUGCACUGUCUUUCCCCCCUAAGUAAAAUGGCAGCGGUUGCUCCCGA